AUGUCAUCCGGGCUGGCCUCCGACGAAGUUGCUGAGGACUACAAGAAUUCCUUGGAAGAUCUAACAACCAAUGACAGAUUUCAGAUCAGCAAUCUGACCGUCAUAGCCAAGGAGAACACCGAACAUGCAAUGGCCAUCUCCCGCGUGUUGGAGAACCACAUUCGAACAACACCGCCGGCUCAGAAGUUGCCCGCCUUGUAUGUAGUCGACUCUAUCGUCAAGAACGUAGGCACGCCCUACACUCUUUUCCUGGGUCGCAAUCUGUAUCAGACCUUCAUGAACGCCUACACGCUGGUCGAUUCGCAAACGCGCAGGAAGCUUGAUGAGAUGCUCAAGACAUGGAAGGAGCCUGUGCCAGGGUCUUUGGACACCAGGCCCGUCUUCCCCCCGGAGGUCACUCGCAGUAUCGAGAGUGCUUUAAUCAAAGCAAGGACUGCCGCUCUCCAGCAACAGCAAGCCCGAACUCAACAAGAUAUCCUCACUCGCGGUCGAGUUGGGACUCCCCCAGCCUGGACUAACAGUCCUACACCACCGCAGAGCGCGAGCCGGCAUCCGUCCGCGCAGGCUUUGCCCGGGCAUUACCAGCGCAAUGGGGCAGGUCAUGGCUACCCACCCUCUGGUGACCCAUACCCUGCGCGCGCAACCCCAACCCCGCAAGCUCAGCAGCGCUCGGAGGUUGAUCUUUCAGCCCUCAACCGGGACAUCGAGGCUUUGAUUACCACUGCUAGAAGUGAUUUUGCCAACAACCCACUGGAACCUUCAGUACAGCAACGGCUGAAGGCCCUUCUGGAUCUCCAAGGCAUCUUGCAACGGCAAGAACUUACCCAAGAACAGCUGAAGCUUGUCCGCGGCCAGGUCUCGGCACUCGCACCAAAGCCCGUCGUAGCGGCCCCUCAGACCAUUCCUCCAAAUGUUCCGGCCAUAUCGACGCCUCCUAUGGUUACUCCUCCAACCCAGACACUCUCUCAACCCCUACAGCAGCUCCUCAACCCGGGUACGCUUGCCGGGCUCAUCAAAGCCACGGCUGCCCGCCAACAGCCCACUCCGCCGCCUCAAAUUCACAAUAUCUUACCGCAGAUACCCACUAAUCCUAGCGUACCCCAGCCAUCUAUCGGCGCUGCACCAGAGAACCCCCUCAUUGCAGCUCUUAGAGCACAGGGCCUUUUGCCUCCGGCCUCUGCGCCUCCGGCCCCGUUCACUGCUGCUCCGCCGAACGUCCCACCCGCUUUCCCAUUGAUUGUGCCUGGUCAGGUGCGAGUCACGCCCCCCGUGGCGACGCCACAGACACAAAGUACAUCCGAUUUUCAAAUCAGUGUUCAAAUGAAUACAGCGUCCAUCAAAAUCCCUCGCCAGAUGUUGAUUUCCAGCCUCUACGAGACGCGGUCAAAUCGUUGUGGAACCUGCGGCCAGCGGUUCUUCGCCACAGAUGACGGAAAAGAGAAGAAGGCACGCCACUUGGAUUGGCACUUCCGAACCAACCAGCGCAUGUCUGAGGCAGCCAGGCGAGCCCAGAAUCGUAGCUGGUACGUUGAUGAACGGGAUUGGAUCAAAUCGCGAGAGGCGGGAGACGAACAGGACCUCGCGGAAACGGAGGUGUCUGGUGAGGGCGUUGCUGGAAACGACAGCACUGCGGCCAAGAAGGGGCCCCCCAAGCAAUAUAUUCACGCCCCGAACGAUGCGACGUUGCGUAAUACCCCCUGUCCCAUCUGUCAGGAGAAAUUCGAGUCGACGUGGUCAGAGGAUGUGCAAGACUGGAUAUGGCAGGAUGCGGUCAAGGUUGGGAGUCGCGUGUACCAUGCGAGUUGCUAUGCCGAAGUCACCAAGGACGGGCCUCCUCCAGCCAGUCGGGGGACGCCGUCGGGACGCACUGGAACUCCUGACUCAGUAUUAGGCAAACGCAAGGCAGAGGUCAGUGAUGGCUCGUAA